AUGGUCACUGGCAUCGUAUUGUCCGAGGCGCGUGACUACGCAUCCUCCGGCUCGGUCUCGUCGUCGGCCUCGGGAGUCGGCGCUGCAUCCAGCGCCAGCAUGACCGCAUCCUCCAGCAAGACUGGAUCCACGGUGACCGGCGCAGCCAGUGGAAAGAAAUCUGCAGAUGCCUGCGAGGGAGGUGUCACUGUGGACAGCAAUGGCUACUGGACCUACACAAACAGCAAGAAGUCCAUCCGUGAGGUCAAGGUGAUCAAGUAUGAUCCCAACCCAAACAAUUACAACCAGGAGAUCCUGUGCGGCGUCAACUACGCGCAGCAGAAGGGCCUGUGCACGUCUGGGUCAUGGAAGAUCCCCGUCCAGUAUGGCUACAAGGGCUGCAUGAUGGUCCAGAUCGACUACAACGGCGGCUGCAACUCAAAGGACCCCGUCUUCUGCUUCAAAUGA